GCGAUGCAAGCGCCACGUCAUUCUAGCGCAGCCGCAGAGGUGUCGCGGUGAGUUGAGGUAGGAUUCUUCCUUUUAGUCACUGUGAAACGAGUAGUGCAAUUCAUCCACUGGAGGCUAGGAAUAACACGACAUUUUCCAAACAACUUCUCAGACAACAGAAUGAUUCGGAUAGCAGCAUUCUUAGCUGUACUGGUAGUCGUCUGCUCGGGAGAGAGCUGCACAGCACCAGCGAUCACGCCAUCGGCCUACACGAGUUUGUCCUCUGAAUCUGUAUUCAUCGUUGAACUCAGCUUGACCUGCGCCAACGGAGCACAGAGUGUAACUCUGUAUGCAGAUGUGAAUGGAAGGCAAUUCCCUGUGACCAGAGGGCAGGACGUUGGCAAGUACCAGGUGUCCUGGAGCCUUCCUCACAAACAGGCCAGCUCUGGAACAUACCAGGUCAAAUUCUUCGAUGAGGAGUCCUACAGUGCUCUGCGGAAGGCCCAGAGAAACAAUGAAGAUGUAAAUGCCAUUCAGCCCCUUUUCUCUGUGAACAUUGACCAUAGGGGUGCGUGGAGCGGCCCAUGGGUAUCUACUGAAGUGCUGGCUGCACUCAUUGGUAUCCUGGUCUAUUACAUGGCUUUCAGUGCCAAGAGCACCAUCCAAGCAUAAAAGGAUCCAAAAUUACUUUAAUUACUGGAUUGUUAAAGACUGAACAUUUGGUGGGGCUCGGUCGACAAUUCAUCAUCCAGCAUUGUGGCAAGUCAGGACGAUUUUGCCACUUGAGCUGCUUUGAGGAGCAGGAGUAGCAGUCUUUGUAUUUCUUAUUCAGACUGUGUCUGUGCGAUCAGCCUUAUCAAUUUACAGAUGAAUUUUGUCACAAGUUUGUUCAAAGUGGCUAGAAUUUUGUCAUGGACCACUUAAAUAAACAAAACUAAAUAAACAAAACAAAUGUACAUGA